AAAGUUACCAGGAACCCCAUAGGUGGGAGUGAUUCGUCCGGCAGAUUUUCGGAUCAAUGGGCAGCACCAAAGACGCGACGGGGUAGCGGAAGAGUCAAAUUAUUCGGAGCCGACAAAACACGCACACAUACCGAAACGGGGCAACUUUUCUUCCAAUCUUUUCACAAAGGACUCGAAAUCCCAGAACCGGCAUGGAAAAAAAUAGCAACGCACUCAGGAGUGUCCGAUCAGGGCACGGCGGAGUGAAUCAGCUCGGAGGGGUCUUUGUCAAUGGUCGCCCUCUCCCCGAUGUUGUCCGGCAGCGGAUUGUCGAGCUGGCCCAUCAAGGGGUGAGACCUUGUGACAUCUCCAGGCAGCUCCGGGUGAGCCACGGCUGCGUCAGCAAGAUUCUGGGCAGGUACUAUGAGACUGGAAGCAUUAAGCCAGGAGUAAUUGGAGGAUCCAAGCCAAAGGUCGCUACACCCAAAGUGGUAGAUAAAAUCGCCGACUAUAAGCGCCAAAACCCCACCAUGUUUGCCUGGGAGAUUCGAGAUAGACUGUUGGCAGAGAGAGUCUGUGACAAUGAUACAGUGCCUAGUGUCAGUUCUAUUAACAGGAUUAUUCGAACAAAGGUGCAGCAGCCUCCGAACCAGCAAUCACCAGUGACAUCCCAUACUAUAGCACCAAGCACAGUGGCAGUGACUCCUGUUCCAUCUGCUGCCACUGACCCAGCGGGAUCUUCCUACUCUAUCAGUGGCAUUCUGGGAAUCACACCUUCCAGUGCUGAGAAUAGCAAGAGAAAACGCGAUGAAGGUGCUCAGGAAAACCCCAUGCAAAACGGACACUCCCAUCCGAGCCGGGAUUUUCUGCGGAAACAAAUGAGGGGCGAACUCUUCACACAGCAGCAGUUAGAAGUGUUAGACAGAGUUUUUGAAAGACAGCACUAUUCAGACAUCUUCACAACCACAGAACCGAUCAAAUCAGAGCAGAGUGCAGAUUAUUCCACCAUGGCGUCACUGGCUGGGGGGCUGGAAGAAAUGAAGUCAAGUCUAACAAAUUCAGCUGACAUAGGGACCAGUGUCCCUGGACCUCAGUCUUACCCCAUUAUAACAGGUCGCGAUUUGGCCAGCACGACUCUUCCUGGCUACCCUCCGCAUGUGCCCCCUGCUGCUCAGGGCAGUUAUCCAGCCCCAACAUUGACAGGAAUGGUGCCCGGAGGUGAUUUUUCUGGGAGUCCAUAUUCCCAUCCACAGUAUACGACUUAUAAUGACUCCUGGAGAUUUCCCAAUGCUGGAUUAUUAAGUUCUCCCUAUUACUACAGCACAGCAACCCGAGGGUCAGCACCAGCAACUGCUGCAGCAACCUAUGAUCGUCACUAGCUGGUGGGGGGGUAUGGGGGAGGCAUGACCUGCAGGUAGUGAAGAAAUUGUGCACUUACAACACAUAUCAAUCAGGUCUGAGGCAACUGGAAAUGUGUGAAGCUCAGAAGCUCAAAUGUGAACUUCCUGCAGGAUAAUCAAACUGGCUUUCGAAAGACUGUGCCAAAUGUUUGUUCUGUUCAUUGUAGAAUGAUGGAAACUGCUGACUUUGGACCCACACCGAUAGUUAACCAGGCAAUCGAUGGAGUGCAUCCAGUUAGUAACAAUGAAAGACUGCUCAAGUUUCUGUUUGAAUUAGGGAAAAGUGUGUUUUUUUUUAAAAUGAGGGUAAUAUUUUAGUCCAUGUCAUUUUUUUUUAGAAUGAUUCCAAACUGAGAAGUAGCAAAGAGCUGCCUAUGUUUAAAACCCAUGGUUUGGAUUAGUGAAUCACCGUACUUGCAAGUAUUCGGAGAUUGAUAUGGGGAAGAAACAAACUAUAGAAUAAUUACACACUGCAUCAUAGCACAGAAGCCUCAACCUUAACCCUUUGUGUACUACAACAGCAUCUGCUUUUAAAACAACUUCUUAAAACAUCUAUUGCCUCUGAAAAAUUUCAGAGAAUAUUGCAUUUGGGUCAAUCCAGUUUGUGAAUUCUAACUUAUCAAAUGCCAUGUUUAAAUUGAAACACUGUUACAUUAGUGUUGCAAUAUGAUUUUUAGUUUAAGUUGAGGUCUUUCUGCACCCUGGGUUUAGAAGGCACUGAAUCGUAACUGGUCCUGUGCUGAUGAUUACAGGCACACAGGACAAUGAUGGAAGACUGAGUAGGUUCUGAGCAUUUGAUAUUGCUGUAAACCAGAACAGGCCACACACUUCUGUAGUAUCCAUAAGCUCAGUGUGAUAUGGGAAUUGCUCAGUGGCAGCUUCAUUUUGAAAGGAGACCUCUGUGUCUGUGUGUGCUCUCUCUCAUACCCAACACUGAAGACUUUGAUGUUAAUAGGGAGGCGACAAGAAUGCAAGGUUAUUGGUGACAGUAACUCAGUAACACUCACAAGCAGCAGGAAGACAAAAUCAUCUCCAAGCUUUAGUCAUGGGCCAUAAACAGGGGUUAUUUUGUUUUAUUCAUUCAUGGGCUGGCUAGGCCAGCGUUUACUGCCUGUCCCUAAUUACCCCAGAAGUCAGUUACGAGUCACCCUGCAUCCCUAUGGAUCAGAGUCAUGUGUAGGCCAGACCAGGGUAGGAUGGCAGAUUUCCUUCCCUGACAAUUGACAUUGGAUUUUUAAUUCCAGAUUUUUUAAAAAAGUUGAAACUUCCAAUUUCUAUCCACCUUCCCCUUGGUGGGAUUUGAACCUGUGUCCCCAGAACAUUGCCAGGUCUCUGGAUUAAUACUCCAGCAAUAAUACUACUGGGCCAUUACCUCCCCUUGUGGAAGACACUCAUAGCUUGGAGCCAUGGUUUGGGAUAUGCUUCGAGGUUGGUGUCACGACUGGAAGGAGUGGGAUUUGUACUGAGGGGUUAGAGUAAUGAUUGGGUGUUGUGAGAUUGAUGAUGAGGGGUUAGGACUACAUUACAAUAAUGUGGGUGUCUGUGGUGGGAGAGAGUCAAGCCUUUAGCUUGUUAAAGGUCUACUUCAUUCCUUUGGAUGUCCUGCUGUCUUACUGUUUAAACAAGAGGAUAAAGCUGGAAAGGUGUGGGGUUGGUGGCACUAGCUCACACCCUCCGGUUUUGCCAGAUGGGGGCAGUUAAAAUUGGGGCCUUAAUGUUUAACUCUCUGAGAUUUGCAUUUCAUUUUCAGGAAAUUAAGAACAUAUUUUUAAAGUGUUUAUUUAUUCAGAUAAAGUGGAAUUUUGACAUUUUUAUCUAAAUACUGUUAAAUUCUCAGCUCUAGAAUCCCAUAGUGUGGGUUGACUGAUGGGAGGCUGUGUGUGUCUUCUUUACAUGGAGUGAUUCAGAUGUGGAUGUUGUGGAGUAGGUGAGACAAAUGGCACAAAUGUAUUUACAAGGAAUCUGGAUAAUCACCUAAGGGCAAAAGCAGUAGGACAGAAUAGUAAUGGAGUAGAUGACAUAUGUGGAAAGAGGGUUGCAUGGAAUAUAGCCAUCGGCACAGGUCAGUGAGUCUGAAAUGACUGUUUCUGUGCUGUAUAUUCUGCACUGUGCUGUGUGUGUGUGUGUGUGUGUGUGUGUGUGUGUGUGUGUGUGUGUGUGUGUGUGUGUGUGUGUGUGUGUGUGUGUGUGUGUGUGUGUGUGUGUAAGGAAACCCAUUUUCCCAAAUACAAAUCAGACAUAGACCUGGAUCCAUAAAAUGCAGCCUGCCGUUCCUGAGUUAACAUUUUACUUUAUUUCUCUUUGUGAAGCUCGGACAAUGGUUUGGUGCAGUGAGUACUUGUGUUGCCACCGUUCUGUAUUCUAUUUCAUGCAUAAAUUCUCUCGGCUGAUAGAUUACUUUAAAAAAUAUUUUCUUUCAAAAAAUAGCUCUUAAAUAGUUAACUCGUUCGCGAAACAUAUCCAAUGUGGAGAAUGGGACUGUCGAAGUAAAAGACCAAGCUGAAACCCUUGGGGAGAAUCACACUUUCCCUUCACUAAACAUGGGUUGGUUUUGGGUUGUAAGAACUUUGGGUGAAAAUAGAAGAAAUUACCACUGCUCUCAAUGCUCACUGAGCUGGGCUGUUCUGUAGACCUGAAAGUAAAUGAUGGCGAUCAUCUUGUCCAUCAGACUGUCUCCAUACAACUGGUAUGUUUGAAGCUCCAUUACUAGACAUCCAACCAGUAACCCUAUCCCCGUUGGAUCCCAGCUACCUAUCCCACCAAUGAUACGAACCCCUGGAGAGGAAAGAAAAAUGACAAAAACAGAAGGACAUUUAAGGGGAAAAAAAGUCUACAAAAUAUAGUUUGGAUAUCCUUAACUAAUUGAAUAGCCCUGGAGAACACAUUACGCAUGUGUGUAUCGUCACAAACCCUAUAGGAACUGAUAACUUUUGAACAGAAAAUACAGUUAAUAGCUGAAAGAAUGACUUGUCAAGUUUUCAUGUUUUCAGCAAGUCACUGUAACAAAUGGCAGAAGACACUAUUAACUGAACACUAUCAUUUUAGGUAAUUAUGCUUUAAACCACUGAAUGGGCUACCUCUAAAACUACUACUUAGUCCAACAGAGAAAACACCCACCAAAAGGUAUUCUUUAUAUUCCAUUCAAUUUUCCCAAAAUUAACUCAAAGUGAUUCUUAACAUCCGAGGAUUUAUUCCCUUUUCUUUUUCUUUGAGUCUGAGAACUGUGAGGCUUCUUCUCUGAGACUUGUUCUCUCACCAAAGCUGGGCAACUCUCCCAGGCUAGUUUUAGUUCCUCACAACAUAUGGUCUUUAACCUUAGCAAAAUUUUUCACCCACAUUCCUGUGUAGUGAAUCAUAGUAACAUUUUGGCCCUCUCUCAAAUGCAGUUGGUCUCAAAAUACUGUGGUGUUCAAUUAUAUUUUCUGUAACCUGAUUAUUAGCAACUUCCCAGUAUUAAUGUGAAUCAUAUGGGUCUUUUGUCUAGGUAGAAAUGCUAAUUAACUAUCCUUGAGGGCCCAAUUCUCCUCCAUCUUGCAACUAAAAGACCAGCUUAAAAUGUAAGGUGACAUGUUAAACUAUUUUCAGGGGACUGGAAUGGAGACUUUGUCUCUACCGUUGAUACACAGACUGCUGCAUGUCUUCCAUCAUGAAUAUCCAGCACUUCCUUCCCUGCAAACCAAUCUAAGCCCUCCCUCUGAUCCCUAGCUAUCAAACCACCUACGCUUAUUGUCAGUCAGAUUUUUGAAUGGUAAUCUGACUCCCUUAAUUUUACUGAAAAUUUAAAGAAACAGUCCCAAUAAGAACAAUCUAAUAAGCCUCACAAUUUUAGCAAUAUUAACUGGUGGUACUUUUUGCCAAGAUUAGAGCUGGCCCAACUCAUUUUCUGAAUGUUGGUUGUGUUGCCACUGUGUUAUCAGAUGUCUACUUUCUCUCAGUUGUUGGAUAAUGGUUUGGAAACCGCUCCUCCUUGUCUGUGGUGGAAACAUUGGCCACUUGACCCCAUUCUCAUGCUAGUUCUGACUGGCAAACUACAACCAGUGAGAAUGAGGUAAAAGUUAAGGCAGAUUUCCAUAACAAACUCUAAGUAGCAUUUAAAUAGUUAGGAAAUAUGUGAGGUGUUAUCAGCGAACGUCUGGGCAGCUUGUGCCAAUGAUUUAUUUACUGAUACUGUACAUGCAGUUGGCCAACAUAACUUUGUUCACAUAAAUAGCAGUCCUGUCAUUCAAAGAGUGAAAUAUCUUAUCAUCCUCUUUGUAAGCAGUGCUGAAGAUCAAUUCUUACAAACGUGUUGUCAUCAACCUGUUCAGAGAUGUUAUGACACAUCUCUGGAGCAGGUAAGACUUGAACCUCCUGGCUCAGAAGUAGGGACACUAUCACUGUGCCACAAGACCCCUAGAGAUCAUUUCUGACAGGUAUUUGCUUCAGUACUCUGCAGUUGAUUGCACAGGAAACUUCUGAUCAAACUUUCAAUCAGUGCACAGCUUUGAGGAAGAAACAAGCAGCAUAUGGAAUAAUUUUACCCUAACUUGUCAGUGGGAGACUGAAAUGUUGCACCCUGCAUUUGUACAUUACCAGAUCUCUCACUCCUUUAAUUUUAAUGGAAUAAUCUCGGAUGAGGUGUAAGACCAGUGCUUCAUGGGAUACCAUCAGUUUCCACAUGGAUGAGUUGGGUAAAAUUGCCUCUGCAGAAUUUCAAUGAUUGUCACUGUUUCCUAUAAAAUUAUGAGAAGUUCUUCUGAAUUCAUUUAAAUGAACCGUCAGUGUCGUUAAGCAAUCUUGCUCCUGAGCAGCAACAGCUAGUAUGCUCUUGCCUGCUGACAAACAUUUAGAUCGUAGAAUCACUAUAGUGUGGAAGCAGGCCGUUCAGCCCAUCGAGUUCACACCAACCCUACAAAGAGCAUCCGACCCAGACCCAGCCCCUACCCUAGUCACUAUGGGCAAGUUAGCAUUGGCCAAUCUACCUAACCUGCAAAUCUUUGAUCUGUGGAAGGAAACCCACGCAGACACGGGGAGAAUGUGCAAACACCACACGGACCGUCCCCCGAGGCUGGGAUCAAACCCAGGGCCCCAGGUGCUGUGAGGCAGCAGUGCGAACCACUGAGCCACCAUGCUGCCUAUAUUUCCAUAGUUCUUCAGCCCAAUACAAUUGAAUAGAACAUAAAAAGGAUGUGUUUUAGGAAGGAGUAAGAUGUUUGAUUAAUGUGUGCUCAAGGUCCCAUGGCCCAUAAGUAAGCAAACACUGGGCUGUGAAGUUCACAGGUUAGUUCCACCAAGUGUCUCCCUACGCGCCUAGAUAUAUUCAGAUAAUGUCACAGGCAAAAAAAAAGAGAAGCACAAGCGAACUUGCAUUUACUAAAAUGUUUGUUUUAGUUAUUUGGGAACACACAGAGAUGAUAUUUCAUCUUGUUCUGUAGCAUGUAAAGGAUAAUAUGAUCAACAAUAGCUUAUACGGUGAAAAAGUUAAUUGGGCAAGGUGUAGAGCAGGGUACUGAUUUAUUAUCAACCAUCUUGUGUUACUGCCAAAGGCCAAAUUAUCCCUUACAUUAUCUCUCUCAUUCUUACUUUUACACCUUUCCCUCGAUACAUUCUGUCAUCUAUAUUCUCUCUCUGUCACAUACACACAUCAAUAACCCCUGGCUGCCACCAAAAAACAUUUGAUCAAACAAGUUGAUAUGAUAUUAACAUUUCCCAAAUCAACGCACGUCCAGUGACACCCUUUGUCAAAUUGGAUUCUGGGAGAUUCCUGGGAAGAUGGCAUGGAUAAAGUGGGUAAUGCUGGUUUCAUACUUCCUCCUUUAGUACAAGAUUCAACCUCCAUGUGAAAUGUGAGGCACGUAUCAUCAAAUAGCCUGACAAUAUUGUUGACAACCUUUUUCAUCCUGCAUGUAGGGCUUUGGUACGUACUUUAUUAUGUGUCAGUGUCAUCAGAGAGAAGAGGGAUGGCCUGUACAGCUUCAUUUUCUACUUAUUUUGUAUUUUUCCAAACUUUAGUGGAAUGGUAAUGAUGGAUUUGGCAGGAACUGAACUAGUAGCCCACACACUUGACAACAAAUCCCAUUGAGCAAUUGGCUUGAGAAAUAGAGUGAUACUAGGAGGGAAAGAAAAUGACUGUGAAAAUGCAAAGAAUCAGCUCGUUCAUGAGGAAGCCUGCCACAUUGCAUGAGUCUAUGUAGGAAAGAUUUCAGUCCCGUGUGGUUGACUCUUUGCAACUUCUCAAGCUGUUCAGCUAAAAUUAAGGAACUGUAAGUGUGCCUUUGUCACUUUCAGCAUCUUGAUCCUUGCUCAGCAAUGAUAAGGGGAGAGAUAUUGUUUUUCCUUCCUCCCUCAGAGAUAAGUUGCUCAUCUCCUCCUAGGCAUCUUGUCUGAUUCACUUGUCCUAGUCAUUUUAUACCCAUUUCAAUAAUUAGUCAUUAAUAUGGUAAGUUAUUAAAAUCCAAUUAGUGUUUUUCACUCCUCCCAUUGAUUUUAAAAGAUUUCUCUCCGUCCCUCAUUUGGUUCUCGCAAAUUAAAUCCAAAAGGGCUGAGUAUAUGAAUUGCCUCAGACAAUGGCAACUGGUAUUUCAGAUUACCAUUCUGUAUGCUACUAGGAGCUCCAAGGCAAUAUCACAUGUUGACUUCGCACAACCCCCAUCCUCCCUUCCUCCGUGGUUGCGCAUCAGCCUUGUGGACAGUCUCCCUCAUUGACCAGCCAGAGAUCAGGAACUCUCCAGUGUCAUAUCUUGUCUGUAAGUAAGCCACACAGCUUACUGGAUGCACUUGAAUGUUCCAUGAUGCUGAACACAUCUUUCACUCUCGAUAGCCUUUUCUUUUGUCCAAGUUCCAAGUGUCUUUCUACCUUCUUUAACUUCAGCAUACCCUCCCAAAAUGGACUAGCUACACUAGCAAGGGUGAGCGUGUUUGCAACUUAAACACAAACUAAAAAUACUUUUAUAAAGAGCAACAAUCAAAAGACAGUUAAAAACAGCUUGCAAUUAAACAAGCAAAACUUGGUUUGUGAAAUGCAUAAGCAAUGCAUUCACCAAAGGUCACUAGGCCAACUUAGAAACUCUGUACAGUAAAUAUUAAGUACUUCUUGUGAAAGUAAUUGCCUUUGAAGGAUGAAGACAAAAGAAAAGUUGUUUCCAGCAGGAAAUGCUUCUUUAAACUCUGUUUUUCUAUCUGUUUUUUGUAGGAUGUAAUUUACAGACUGAAAUGAAUUCUUGGUGUUUUUAUUUUGUGCUGUGUGUGUUGCUUUCUGGUGUAAUAACAUUUGAAUGUAAUUACUGCAGUGCCAAUUUGCCAAAGAUAUCUGAUAUUUUUCUUUAUCAUCAUUGCAAUACUGGGAUUUGUGCUUUCUGUUUCAAGUAAACUGUUGAAUGCAACUUGAGUUUUCUGAUAUUAGAUUUAGCUAAAAGUACCAUGCAAUAAGAUGGGUGUAGAUUCAAUGUAUGUGUGUACACAAGGACGAUUGUUUGUGAUCUGUUGAUGUAUGUAAUCUUAAUAUAAGAAUAAUUAUUUGUAAAUAUUUACUAUAAUUUUAUUGGUUCAUACAUAAGAAUAUAAGUAAACUUUUUUUAAGUUCAA